UAGGCACUGACGGAUGAUACUGAUGAUGCGGUUCAGAUUCAUGAUGUAUUUAUUGUAUUUAUUGUAAAGGGUAUACACUCCGGUGCAUGAUACUUUUGCUGUCUGGGAUCGUGUGCACAUAGCCAAUGCACAGAUUGGAUCCGCGCAUUUGCAUACCUUUUGCCAUCAUACAGGUAGCAAUAGACGCGUUUCAUUUUAUGUUCGUCUUCCCCGGAGGAGCAGUCUGCGGGCAGGGUGACGCGUAUCGAUGGACCGACCACAACUGCCCAUUCCCUUUUUCUGUAUCAGGCGGAAUCUGGCGUAAGCGAUCAAACAACGUCGCGGAGAGACAUCUCACCCUGUGCAGAGUACAAUCAAAUCGCGAAGUAGGACCGCAAUGCAUUGUUGUCACUUUGGCACCGCGUGCCUUGCUCUUGCUGCCAACACGUGAAUCAGAUGUCAAGUCCACCCGGGCAAGGUGGGAUGAGGCUCAAUCCAGGGUCAGAUUGGAAGAUGAGCCAUUUGCGGCGUGGUUCGCCCUGGCAUUUUAUUUCGAAGCGGCUGAAGCUAGCUGUUCCGCCCACGCCCUCGUCGUCUGGGCAUGUUUGAUGGGGGUUGUCAAUGAUAUGGGCAUGCGCCGCCAUACAUGAAUGGUCCUAGACGCCGUCCAUGACAAAGGGGUUUCACUUAUCUUAUCAUCACUACAGGUAGGAGUUGCGACGCCUUCCGUUCGUGAGACCAAAGCAGCGCCUCCCAUUUCAUGCGACCUCUCCGACCAAUUCUC